GAGCUAAAGUGGGAUUACUAUUUAUCACAACGCACACACCAAAUCUACAUACGGUUCAUUGUUAGAACUCUAUUUCGAUCCUUUCCCUUUUUUACCAAUAUCGCCAUCAAAUCUUCCUAGUUGAAUCUCAGUAUUCCGAGAGUAACGUCACCAGUCGUUAUAGUCUAAUUCGAGGCCAUCUUUGGGAAACAUUCGAGUUACCAUUGGAACAUAAUAGAUUUGCACCUAAGCAAAAUACCCAUAAAACUUAUCGUUCUGGAAGCACUAUUGUUUACGGAACUGAUUUUUGGGUUUGAUCCUGCCACUGGUAGUGGUCGAUCUAGUCUUGGUCCUGUCUUGAAUAAUCAAUACCACUCUCUAUAUAUCUUCUCUUCCUUCUUUACACAGAGCCAUAUCGGGCAAACACUUUGAAAUGAACUUUCAAACACCAGAACAAUCUUACAACCAAGAUACCAAUCCACGGGAGACACAUUCCACCAUGGCUUUACUACAGAGACCUCAUGUAUUUUCUGGCUCGGACUGGCGGGGCCUCGAACCCGUAGAGAUGAGGUCAAAACCACGCAUGGCCAAUGUUGGGGAAUCACUUCCAUCCAUUCGAACAAUGUUUUCUGGAUUUGAGAGCCACGAAAGACCCAUUGAAUCCGAGUACAGACAUGCUACGUCGUUUUCUCCCAUCACAACAGAAAGAAACACAUCUCCUGGAUCAAACAAGAGAAUGAGAUUAUCCGAAGACUACUAUGAUGAGGAAAGCCAGCAGCAACAAGAGAGAUAUCAGUCAGUUAGCAGCGGUCGAAGCCCAAUGACAGCGACCUACGGCUAUCACAGUGCAAAUUCUUCUCCAGUCUCUUCGAAUGCUCGCCGGGAGUCCAGAGUUCAUUCUAGCCACGGAAGCCCUUAUAUUUCAAGGUCUGGACGAGAGCAACCUAUCCUCUCAAUCCCAGAACGCAGAGCCCAGAACCAAGAUCACCACACUUCGAGGCCACCAUUUCACUCUCCAAUCUCUGAGCCAUCAAGUACGACAUACCGCCCAAGCCUCCCAAGUAUUACCACACCCGACAGAUCUUACGAACGAACUUACUCUCAGAAUCCUAUAGAACGACCACACGGCGAAUACCCCCCCAUAAAUGAGUACCCAAGAAACGAGUAUGCAUUGGAGGCUUCCCGCUCAUACCACCAACAAAAAUACGCCCCUUCACGAUCCGACUAUGGCUACCACCAACCCAGAGACCAGGGUUAUCCUCAACCUGCAACUUUCCCUCACCACCCAGGCCAAACUCCAUUCACCAACCGACACCAUUCAGGGAACUACAAUCCCGCUCCCUACCAAUCCCAAGACAUGGGCGACGCAAAACCCCGCAAGCGUCGAGGAAAUCUCCCAAAACCCACCACUGAUAUCUUGACCACCUGGUUUAUCAACCACCUGGAACAUCCCUACCCAAACGAAGAAGAAAAGCAAUUAUUAAUGAGACAAACGAAUCUACAAUUGAACCAAAUCUCCAACUGGUUCAUCAAUGCCCGUCGUCGUAAAUUGCCCGCACUUCAAAACAGCGCUCGUGCAGAAAACGCUGCCCGAUCGCAUCACAACCGAAUGCACUCUGCAGAUGGGGGACAGAGUCCCAUGAGUCUCUGCAACAGCGAGCCAGGGCUGAGUCCCAGAGCCGCAUCUGCAUUUAAUGAAGGAUGGCCUUCGCGCCAGGAAGAGCGUCACAGCCAAGAACAUUAUUAAUUUUUCUCUUCUUUUUUCUCUUAAUUCUAUAGCAGCAUUGAAGGCGCACUUUAUAUUUUGUUACGAACACGAUUUUCGAACCAAGUGCCAGAAAGGCAGAAGUUUUGUUCGAUUUUUAUUCUUAGUUUCUUUUGUUUUUUUUAUGUCUGCACUUGUAUUGCAUUAAUUCUACGACUUCUCUUGUAUCACAUUAAUUACACGAUUUCUCUUGUUAAAUUAGAUUUGGAUUUGGGGGAUUUUCAUGCUUCUCACAAGUGGUAGAGAAGGCAACCACACUGAGCAUUAUCAGAAUAUGUAUGACAACAUGGGUAUAUUGGAUUUGGGAUGGACAGCAACAGAUACCAAUAUUUGGGUUAUUCGAUGAAACCAAAUUCGCAUGAGUACAGCGGAGUCAAAUUACAGACUUUCAUAUCAGAGUCUGAUGUAGAAUUACAAGCGAGCAUCUUUGUUAAUUUUUUUUAAUUCUUAUUAUAUUUUCGCUUCUUGUAAUGAAUAUCUCUACAUAGCAGCUAUUAAAUUGAGAAUUUGCACUGUACUACAAAUUGUACAAGCACGCACACA